AGGGGCAUUCGCACCCGGGCUGGGCGGGUGCACCCAGAGCCGGGCGGGCAGGGACCCCCGCCAAACGUCCGGUGCCCGCGUGUCCCCCCGCGCGGAAGGGACGCCUCGCCGGCCUCGGCGCCCCCUCCCCCUGGCUUCCCUCCCCGCCCCUCCCCACUGCCUGCCUGCACCACUUUCCACCCGCAACGUCUCUAAAGGGAGUUCUUGGUUUCCUCCGAUUUCUUAUGAACCCAGGAUGGGCAGCAAAGAAGAUGCGGGCAAAGGGUGUCCGGUGGCCGGCGGCGUCUCCAGCUUCACCAUCCAGUCCAUCCUGGGCGGGGGCCCUUCGGAGGCGCCGCGGGAGCCCGCUGGCUGGCCGGCCAGGAAGCGCAGCCUGUCAGUGUCCUCGGAGGAGGAGGAGCCGGACGACGGCUGGAAGGCGCCGGCCUGCUUCUGCCCAGACCCACACGGUCCCAAGGAGCCGGGGUCCAAGCACCACCCCUCCAUCCCUUUUCCUUGCCUGGGAACCACCAAGGGCAGUGGCGGCGCAGGGCCGGCGGGCUCGGAGCGCACGCCUUUCCUCUCUCCUUCGCACCCGGACUUGAAGGAAGACAAAGAGAGGUUCUUACCCUCGGGCUCGCCCUCCCCAGGGCCCGAGCGGCCGCGGGACGGCGGUGCGGAGCGGCAGGCCGGCGCGGCCAAGAAGAAGACGCGCACGGUCUUCUCGCGCAGCCAGGUGUACCAGCUCGAGUCCACCUUCGACAUGAAGCGCUACCUGAGCAGCUCGGAGCGCGCCUGCCUCGCCUCCAGCCUGCAGCUCACCGAGACGCAGGUCAAGACUUGGUUCCAGAACCGCCGCAACAAGUGGAAGCGGCAGCUCUCAGCCGAGCUGGAGGCGGCCAACAUGGCGCACGCGUCGGCGCAGACUCUGGUGGGCAUGCCGCUCGUGUUCCGGGACAGCUCGCUGCUGCGCGUGCCGGUGCCGCGCUCGCUCGCCUUCCCCGCGCCGCUCUACUACCCCGGCAGCAGCCUGUCGGCCUUGCCGCUCUACAGUCUCUACAACAAGCUCGACUACUGACCGCUCACCCGCCCGCCCGCGCGCGCAACAGCUCCGCGGCGUGUUGCCAGAAAUGUUAAGAAAUACACCAUGUGUAUUCGUUAUCUCCUAUUUAUGGCCUCUGCCCUGCUCUUUGUUUAGUUUCGGGUAUUUAUCGGCAUUCCUCAAGCAAGAUCACCUGCUUUCUAACAAACCAAACCAAACGCGCACUGAAAACCGUUCCGGAGGGGAUGCUCUGGGAUGGGGUUGACGGCAAAGGGAGUUUCGGCUAGA